UCUGUUUCGACAUAUCCCACCUCCAAACCCUCUCAAAAAUGGCAACUGUACUUGGAAAAACAGUUUUGAUCACAGGCUGCAGCACCGGCGGCAUCGGCUGGGCACUGGCCAGAAACUUCCGCCGACGAGGAUACUACGUCUUCGCCACAGCGCGCGAUCCCUCGAAGGUCACCAAUCUCGCCGAACUGGAGGAUAUCGAAAUUCUCGAGCUGGACGUGACUGUUCCAUCAACCAUUGAGAAGUGUAAAGAGAUAGUCGCGAAACGCACAGGAGGCACACUCGAUCUCCUAGUGAACAACGCUGGCAUCGAAUUCAACAGCCCAUUGCUAGACACGGAUAUCCCUGAGGCGAGGAGGCUGUACGAUGUCAAUGUUUGGGGCGUUCUGGCGAUGGUGCAGGCGUUUGCCCCCCUACUUAUAGAGGCCAAAGGAGUGAUCUUCAACCAAAGCUCUAUUGAUGGAGAGCUGAAUAUGGUGUGGGCAGGUAUUUUUGCCAGUUCCAAGUCUGCGGUGGCGCGCAUCUCGGAAACUCUGCGGAUCGAACUUGAGCCGCUGGGUGUGCGCGUCUUGACGUCCAUUUGUGGCUCCGCUGAUACGCCUAUGUUUGGUAAGCCGGGUGGCCCUAUGGAACUGCCGAAGGCGUCGUACUACCACGGUGUCCAGGAUGCGGCGUGGAAGGAGCGGAUGGAUCAUCAGCGUCAGGCCAUGAACGUCGAUGUGCUCGCGGAAAAGUUGGCGAAGGACAUUCUCGGCGGAACCAAGGGUGUGACCUGGCAUGGCGCGUUCGCUCCAUCAGUGCGGUGGGCGAGCUGGCUCAAUCUUAUAUGGUUGAUGGACAGGUUGAUCAAUUCGGCAAGAGGCUUGAAUUUGGUCAAACGGCGUUAG